AUGUCCAGUUGCGCUAGAACGGCGUCCCAGCCACGAUAUGCUCUAAGGCUAAUCGCUCCCCCAUUCACCAAUUUCUGGAGCAAAAAAGCUGUCUCAUUCUCCUCACAAGUCAUCGUAUUACUAGUACUAAGUUGUGAUCCAACUGCAGGGCUUGGCGGCGCUCCAACCCUCGACAAGAUGGAGGCGUCCCCUGCUAAGAGGAAUCCGGCGGCCAUUCUUACAGACGACCUCCUUAUCGAGAUCCUCCGCCGCCUGCCCAUCCGCUCCAUAUGCCGCUUCAAGUGCGUCUCGCGGUCCUGGCGCAAGCUCAUCUCCGACCCCGACCACCGCAAGAAGCUACCCCAGACCCUCACCGGCUUCUACUACGCUAGCGUCAGCGGUGAGCGCUUCCCAAAGUGGGCGUACCACUUCACCGAUGUUACCGGGAAAGACGUACCAUUCAUCUUGCCCUUCCCCAGUGCCGAUGUACGCCUCUUGGAUUCCUGCAAUGGCCUCCUCCUUUUCCGUUGCUUUCAGCCUGGUCCUCGCGAGGUCGAUACACCGUUCCAUUAUGCUGUGUGCAAUCCCGCGACCUCGAAGUGGGUGAUGUUGCCGGAUCGCAGUUUGGCUAGUGGCCAGGGUCGCACAGCCCGCUUGGGGUUUGAUCCGGCAGUCUCCUCGCACUUCCAUGUGGUCGAGUAUGUGCUGGACGAGGAUGACUGCGUCACAGGGGUGCAGAUCUAUUCAUCCAAAACUGCAUCAUGGAACUUCAAGGAAAGUGAAUGGGGCGACGAUAUCUAUCUACAUAUUUUCUCUGGUAGUGUGAGAAGUGUGUUUCUUAAUGGCUUUAUGCAUAUGAUGAUGCUCUGUGACGGGAUAGUGGUGGUGGACAUGGAGGGAAUAACAUGGAGGAUAAUUCCUGUGCCGUCUGAUCGUCUGUAUGGCUGCAUCGAUCAAGCCCAGGGUCGCCUAUGUUAUCUUAAUGUUCAUGAUGUUGAUGCCUUCAAACUAUCAAUCUGGAUCCUUGAAGACCAUGGUACUAAUGAAUGGACACUGAAGCAUUCCAUCAGGACUCCACUGCUGUUUCCGCAGAAGAAUCUUCCAUUUGCGUUCGGUUACAAAGUGAUUACAGUUCACCCAGAAUGCAACAAUUUGAUCUACUUUGUUUAUGGGAGGGACAACACACUGAUGGCAUAUGAAAUGGACCGCAAGGAAAUUCAUGUCAUCCGGAAUCUCGAACAUGAUUACUGGGAACCCUGUCUUCCUUAUGUUCCCUUGUUCUCGGAGGCAUUAGCAGAUGAGCCGUGAAACUGUUAGAUUUACUGCAGCUAUGUGUUUGUUUCUGCAAUGAUGAAUUCAUAUUGGUGCAGUAAGGAGUAUGUGGCAUUCCUUCUAGCUGCUAAUUGUUCUAGCAAUCUGUUUCGCUUUGUUAGAUUACGCUUUGUUUCGCGAAAUAAAGCGGGAGAAAUUUUUUCUCUAAAAAAAAUUGUUCUAGCAAUCUGUAACUUGAGUAGACUGCCAGAAAAGCCAAGUUCUGUUUUUCUUUGUUUUAUGCAUAUGAGCAUGUCUCUUUUGUGCUAUUUUGAUUUGGACCAAUAUUGGUCCACAGAGUAUGUUAUUAAGGCUAACUGGAAUUGCCACCAGUGUUCACAUUU